GUCACUCUCAGGGCCUGGGCAGGCUGGGGCAGCCAUGGCAGCAGCACUAAUCUGGAUUCUUCUCCUUGUGGGUCUCUUGGCAGGGCGAGGGGACACCGAGGCCCAGCAGACCACCCUGCAGCCUCUUGUGGGCCGUGUCUUUGUGCACACCUUGGACCGGGAAACCUUCCUGCAUCUUCCUGAGCAUGUUGAUGUCCCCUCCACUGUCCCAAUCACCUACCACGCCCACCUCCAAGGAUACCCAGACCUGCCUCGGUGGCUCCGCUACACCCAGCGCAGCUCCCACCAGCCUGGCUUCCUCUAUGGCACCCCCACUCCAGAAGAUCGUGGGCGCCAGGUCAUUGAGGUCACAGCUUACAAUCGGAACAGCUUUGACACCACCCGGCAGAGGCUGGUGCUGUUGAUUGGGGACCCAGAAGGCCCCCUGCUGCCAUACCAAGCUGAGUUCCUGGUGUGCAGCCAUGAUGUGGAGGAGGUGCUGCCCUCAGUGCCUGCCAGUCGCUUCCUCACAUCCUUGGGAGGGCUCUGGGAGCCAGGGGAGCUCCAGCUACUCAACAUUACCUCUGCCUUGGACCGUGGCGGCCGCGUCCCCCUUCCCAUUGAGGGUCGCAAGGAAGGGGUUUACAUCAAGGUGGGAUCUGCUUCACCCUUCUCCACCUGCUUGAAGAUGGUGGCAUCUCCUGACAGCCACGCUCGCUGUGCCCAGGGUCAGCCUCCACUUCUGUCCUGCUAUGACACCUUGGCACCUUACUUCCGUGUUGACUGGUGCAAUGUGACCCUGCAGGUGGAUAAGUCAGUGCCAGAGCCUGCGGAUGAGAUGCCUACCCUAGGCGAUGGGAUCCUGGAGAUUGACCCGUUCUUCUGCCCACCUACUGAGGCCACAGCCCGAGACUUCCUCACUGAUGCACUGGUCACCCUCCUGGUGCCACUGCUGGUGGCUCUGCUUCUCACUCUGCUGCUGGCCUACAUCAUGUGCUGCCGGCGAGAGGGACAGCUGAAGAGAGACCUGGCCACCUCUGACAUCCAGAUGGUCCACCACUGCACUAUCCGCGGGAACACAGAGGAGCUGCGGCAGAUGGCAUCCAGCCGCGAGGUGCCCCGGCCCCUCUCCACGCUGCCUAUGUUCAACGUGCGCACGGGCGAGCGGCUGCCUCCGCGAGUGGACAGCGCCCAGGUGCCCCUCAUCCUGGACCAGCACUGAGGGGACAUGCAGUUCCAGCCCCAGCCUCCUCUGCCUCUCUCCCCGCCUCCCACAGAGCAGCUCACCCACAGCCACAUCCUUCCUCAGGAUUCUGGCUCCUGGCCUGAUGGCCCCCAGGCUUGGAACAAGCAGAGAGAUGGUGGCAUGGGAAGGUGAGGGGGUUGAGGGUCAAGACCCCUGGAAUAAAGAGCUGCAGCUCUGCA